CCCGGCGGCAACGUCAGCGCCAACCAGAGCGACGCGGACCCCACGGUGUCGCGGGACGUGUGGGUGGUGGGCAUGGGGAUCCUCAUGUCGCUGAUCGUGCUGGUCAUCGUCUUCGGCAACGUGUUGGUGAUCACUGCCAUCGCCCGCUUCCAGCGCCUGCAGACGGUCACCAAUUAUUUCAUCACCUCGCUGGCGUGCGCCGACCUGGUGAUGGGCCUGGGCGUGGUGCCCUUCGGUGCCUGCCACAUCAUCAUGGAGAUGUGGAAGUUUGGGAACUUCUGGUGUGAGUUCUGGACCUCUCUGGACGUGCUUUGCGUCACGGCCAGCAUCGAGACCCUUUGCGUCAUCGCUGUGGACCGAUACUUUGCCAUCACCUCCCCGUUCAAGUACCAGAGCCUGCUGACCAAGAGCAAGGCACGCGUGGUCAUCCUGGUGGUGUGGGCGAUCUCGGCCCUCACCUCCUUCCUGCCCAUCCAGAUGCAUUGGUAUCGGGCAGACCGUGACGAGGCCAUCCUCUGCUAUGAGAAGGACACGUGCUGUGACUUCUUCACCAACCAAGCCUAUGCCAUUGCCUCCUCCAUCAUUUCCUUCUACCUGCCGCUUGUGGUCAUGGUAUUUGUGUACGCCAGGGUCUUCCAGGUGGCCAAGAAGCAGCUGCAGAAGAUAGACCGGAGUGAGGGGAGGUUUCACAUCCAGAAUAAGGAACAGGACCAGAACGGGAAAGCCGGGCACCGCCGUUCCUCCAAAUUCUUCCUGAAGGAGCACAAAGCCCUGAAGACCCUGGGCAUCAUCAUGGGCACCUUCACGCUGUGCUGGCUGCCCUUCUUCAUCGUCAACAUCGUGCACGUCAUCCAGGACGACAUCAUCCCCAAGUACGUGUACAUUCUCUUGAACUGGCUGGGCUAUGUCAACUCUGCCUUCAACCCCCUGAUCUACUGCCGGAGUCCGGACUUCAGGUACGCCUUCCAGGAGCUCCUGUGCCUCCGCAGGUCUGCUCUGAAGAUGUAUGCCAACGGCUACUCAAACAGCAAUGGCAGGAGCGACUACAACGAGGAGGACAACGGCUACCCCCUGGCACCAGAUAAAGCCUGUGAGCUGCUCUGCGAAGAGGGCUCCUUCCCUCACCCCGAGGACUUUUUACACUGCAAAGAGAUCCCUGGGUGUCCAGGAAUGGUGGAGAGCUGACGGCUGGCCUCUCUUCCUUACCACCCUGAGCUCACGAGGGCUCUGAAGAGAUGGAGUAGAAGCGCAGCCAUGCUUCUCUGAGCCCAGGGUUGCUUGGGAAGUGAUUGCCUUGGCAAACGUCUUCAUCUCAGCCCAUAGCCCAUCGUGCAUCACCUGAAGGAGAAGCUGAUGAAGGAUUCAGAGGACCAGGAAGGGCUCUGCCAGCACUUCAAGCACUGGAGAGCACAGAUGGGGGAUUAGCACUGAGAGGCACUCUGCAGGAGCCACUGCAUAGGAAACCAGCUCUGGGAAGAUGCUAGAAGAGCCCUGUGAGCUGAAGGAGGUGAACGGCCAAAUGACCACAGAAGUACUGUGAGGUUUUCCUGGCACAGCAUCCUCCGCAAGAGCUUCCAGAAGCACAGGGUAGCAGGACCACGUGUCUGCAUGCAGUGGCUGGGCCAAAGGAGCCCCAGCAAGGUCCUGUCUCAUGCUGCCUGGGGCUGCAGGUGGAACAGGAACCUGACCAAGACAGGGAGGAGAAGCAUGGGAGAUUGUUUUGCUUUAUACUGUGCUCAUUUCUGCUUUUGGUAUCUGCUCUGUCUACCUCUUUUUCUCUUUAGCCCUACACGUACUGGAUAUGGGAAAGCCCCACACAACAAGCAGGAGGUUUGCACAGGGCAAACCCUGUUCAGUGCAGCAUGCUGCUGUCAGAUGGGGCUGACACUGAACAGCGCAAACAUAACCUGGCCUUCAUUCACUCCUUCUCCCAACAGAUCUGGAACUGCAAAGCCUGGACUUCGGACAGGAGAAAGGCUUGAGCCUGGCAAUCCUUGCAAGCAGUCACAUGCUAGCAUGACCAGCCACUUUUGGGAGCCAAGUUUUAACACCUGAGAGCCAAAAUCACAUAGAGCAUCUGGCUCUGUGCUGUAGCUGUUGAAAUGAGUGUGCUGCACAUUUAGCUCCUGUUUGUGGAAUUUUAAGAAUUCAGCAGAGAAAGGAACAGAGGCACAGGGAGCAACAUAGGCUCAGGCAGGGAAUCAUAGGAAAAAAAUGGUUCAAAACCAUAGGGAAAGUUGCAACUUCAUUGCAGAGGGCAUCCCAGGCACACACUGGCAUGCCCAGCUGGCAGGCUGCAGCUCUCUGGUCACUGAGCAUCUCUUGAAGGCCAGACACAACACGCCAGCACCGACCCAAGGCAGGAGCCCCAUCUCUGAGCUGCUGUGCCAGGCUUCCACCUGCAGAGCCCUUCCCCUUCUGAAGUCAUAUUUAUUUAUUUAUUGAUGCCCUUACUGCUUGAUGCAGUGCUGCUAACAGGCGAGGACACAGAGAGGGAGUGUGUGCUGUGCCCCUGCAAGAUGGGAGCGGACAGACGGACAGAUGGACACCUGCCCUCCCCUUGGGACCGGCUGUGGAGCAGCACAAAGCAGCCUGCUCAGGGGAGCAGGGCUCACCAAGGGCAUGCAGUGGGUCUUGCACAUGCAGGAACAACUGGGUUUUAUGUGGGUGAGGCAUGGCAGUGGGAAAUGCCUUGGUCAGGCCAGACCCAGGCAUGCACAUGGGCUGUGGGAGCACAUAUCUGUGGGGCAGGAGGAAAAGGCUGCCACUAAAACAGGAAUGUAUCGCCUGGGGUGAGCACAACUUUUGGUCUUUGGAGAAUUAAGAACAGGCAGGAUGGACUCUGUUGUGAAGGACAGCAGGACAGCUGUAUGGAAUCUCUGCGGAGCUCUUCCAGUCAGAUUUCCUGCAUGCAGCCGAGGCUGUGCAGCACACAUCUCUCCUCACUCUUCCUCCAGGCCCAGAUCCUGCUGCAACGUUGCAAUCUCCCCAUCUGCUCCCUGCUGGUGGAGCAGCUGUGUCCCUGAGUGCUGGGCUCUGCCCUGCUGCUCCCGGCCCUGCACCCUGCCCUGUGCCCUCCUUUCCCUGCCCCAUCCCCACCAAGGCUUUGUCCCAAACUGUGCGGCUGCUGCAUGGAAACAUCUCUUCUCCCAAGCCUGUUUCCUCAGAAGAUUCCUGGCUGACUCCAGUCACAUAUUAUGUACUGGAAGCACUGCCCUUGGGAUUAGCAUUCAGGUUAGAGACACGCGUGGGAUCUCAGUAGGUCUUUUUCUCACAAAGCCUCUCAUGUGCAGUUUGCAAUAAGAGAAAUGGAUACACUUGCUCUGAUAAUUCGCCAGCGUGGCCCAAAGCAGUGACCUGCUGAUUGCUGAGUGCUCCCUUGAAGAGUUGUUGGAGAUGGAAGAGACAAAUUACAAAUCCAUCUGCCUAUGGACGUUCAGACUUGUUCCAUGAAUUACAUUACAGCCUAUUUUUAAAUGCCCUAACACCAGGGUUAUUGUGCUUUCCUUUGGGAGACUGCUCUGUAGUCCAAGUCAAGAGCUGCUGUUAGCACUGCACCUGCAUUUCCUCCUGAAAUCUUCAUUCCAUUAUUCCCAGUGAUGCUCUGCAAACACCUGCUGCUCACUGGGUGAGCUCUGCCCCCUGAGCAGUGCCCCUCCAGCCUCCUCCAAGGAGCUCCCAGGCUGCUGCUGCUGCUCUGUCCCUCCUGCAGCUCAGCACGGUAGAGCCCACUUGUCAUUAAUUGGUGGAGAGGGAGUUGUCAGAGAUCUGCACCCACAAGCAGAGCAGCCAGGACCCAUAGCAGUAUGGAGCUGUUCUGCACCUCCUUGCACAGCAUGUGCGGUGCAGGAGAGGGGCAAAGGCUGCAACUUGUCCAUACCAGUGUCAGCAGUGAGCAGCUCCCAUCCCACAGGCAGCAAAUGCUGGGGAGAGCACACAGCAGCCUCUCCAUCUCUGCAGAGCCCUCAGUGCUGGGGGAGCGCGUGUACCGCACUCGGCUGGAGCACCAUUGUGAUCGUGAGAGCUCUGUUCUCACUGAACAAAUUGUUCCUACCAAUAAAGAAUGAAAAGCUCUCCUCUUCCCACUCUCUUUUAUUGCACUAUUCAUCGAGCUGUGCUGGAGGAAAGGACCGCGCUGGGCUGGGGGGGCUGAAAUUUGCCAUGCGAUGGACAGGUCAUGGGGAGGAAAAUCACAGCAUGAAGUGGACUGCAGCUGGGGCUCUAGGGGGAGUUUGCUGAUGCAAAGCAGGUUGCAAUAUCUCCUGGGGAUGGGGUUGUGGCACACGGCUAGAGGGGAGCAGAGUGACCGUCGGUACCAGUCCUGCAGCUGCUAUGGCACAGAGCAGAACAGGUCAAGGAAACCUAGGCAGGAGAACAAGGCAGAUGAAAGGGGAUGCUGAGACUCCCGGGAGUUUCAUAGGAUGAUAAUAAAGGAAUCUGGAGACUCCCAUUCGCUUGGCAGUGUGUGGUCCCAAGGGCCCGUGCUGUGCCCAGCCAUCAGAUCAGUGAUACAGCAGCAGGCUCCUUAAUUCCCCCUCUCCAUUGCUGGCUGUUCUCUCCUGGUGAUGUGGGGCAGGGUGGCAGUGACAACAUUGCAGCUUUUAGGAAGAAAUUGCCAGGAGAAGCUUUUGGUCCCUGCGUGCUGAAAGAAUCAAAAUAACACAUUUCCAACAGCAUUCAUGAUUAGAUAAUUAAUCAUCCCAAUUUAAAACAUUGGAGGGCCUGAAUGAAUAAAGAUGUUGGAGGCUGUGGCUGUGCUCUGUGUCUGGCAGUGAGUGUGGAGCUUUAGGCAGUAUCUGCACUGCAGGUCCACACAGAUCCAGCAAGCAGACAGGGUGCGUUCUCCCCAUUUUCCAGGCUUUGCAUCUUGAUUUACCAAGCUCUGGGGUCACUCUGGCAGGGUUGGGAUUGAAUAAAUUGCGAGCCUUGUUUUCCACAAAACAGAACUCCAGUGCCUCCAGACAUCUCAUGAUGUGUCCAAAUAACUCUCCGAAGUUCCUAAAGCUUUAAAGCAAUCCUGAGAAAAGAGCCGCAAAGAGAUUAUUGCGGUACAUCACUGCAAUAAACCUUUUCUUUAUCCUUUCAUGGUUAGAGGUAUGAACAUGAAUUAUGGCAGCUUAAGCCUCUCAAGAGCAGCAUGUACAAUUGUUUUCUCAAACUGCUGGUAAAGAGCCCUGUUAAGCUGCGAUGUCAGCGCUCGCAGACGCUGCAGCCUGAAUGGGGCUGCUUUAGGAGCUGCCUUAAUCCUUCCAGGAAUCAAACGACCCCUUUCUGCCCGCUCCAGGCUGUGGGUUGCUCCUUGCUCCCUUCCAGUUUGCUCCUUCAGGGCUUUGGCACUAUCACUUCUUGCAGCAGAUGAGAGCCUUGAAGCUUGCAAAUGUACACCUGUUAAUAAAAGCUUUGCAAUCAAUAACUUCA